AUGUCCGCGGCCUCCGCCCUCGGCCUCCUGCCGCUGCUGCUGCUGCUGCUUUGGGUGCGGCCGGCCCCCGCGGACCCCUGCCACGACGGCCGAGGCCGGCCUCGCUUCUGCCUCCCGCCCCCCAUCCGCCUGGCCGGGGCCUCGGGCUCCUGCGGGCCUCGCCCGUCCUGCCCCCCGCCUCCCGGGGCGGCCGGCGGCCGUCCGGCCUGUGGGCGGGGGGCGGAGGGCCCGGUCCCCGCCGCCAACCUCACCCUGGCCCUGGGGGGACCCUUCCUGCUGGCCUCCGUCCGCCUCCGCUUCUGCUCCCCGCGCCCGCCCGUCCCGCUCCUCCUCCUGUCCCUCUCGGGGGACGGCGGCCGGGGCUGGAGACCCUUCGGGGGCGGCCCGGCCCGGGAGGGGGCGGGGGUCGUGGCCUUCCGGGCCCCGCCGGGCUCCCCUGGGGGCCCUCCGGCCACGCACGUGCGGGCCGAGCUGGGCCCGGCCGGGCCGCGGCUGGGCGACAUCAGGGUGCGGGGCCGGUGCCAGUGCCACGGGCACGCCGCCCGCUGCGCCGCCCGCGCCCGGCCCCCGCGCUGCCGCUGCCGCCACCACACGGCCGGCCCGGGCUGCCAGGAUUGCCGGCCCACCCACCGAGACCGGCCCUGGAGGCCCGCCACGCCUCGACACCCCCACCCCUGCCACCCGUGCACCUGUAACCGACACUCCCGCCGCUGCCGCUUCAACGCAGAGGUCUAUCACAUGUCGGGCAGGAGGAGCGGGGGCGUUUGUCAGCACUGUCGCCACCACACAGCUGGGCGGCACUGCCACUACUGCCAAGCGGGCUACAAGAGGGAUCCGGCCCAGCCGAUGACCAGCCGCAGAGCCUGUCGAGCUUGCCAGUGCCACCCCAUCGGGGCCAUCGGGGGAGUCUGCAACCAGACCAGCGGUCAGUGUCAGUGCAAGCCGGGGGUGACGGGGCUGACCUGCAGCCGCUGUGCCCAGGGCUACCAGCAGAGCCGCUCUGCCCGGCUGCCCUGUCAGCGGAUUCCAGAGAUUCUGACAACAACAGUUACCACUCCAGGCGAAUACAGCACAGAUCCUACGUGCCAAAGCCACUGUAAUGCCUCCUACACCCGAGUCCACAUGAGUCUGCAGAGAUACUGUCAGCAAGACUACGUGCUGCGGGCGCGGAUCGAGUCUGCCGUUCCGUCCGGGGCCGCCUGGUGGCGCCUGGGAGCCCGGGUGCUGGCCGUCUACAAGCAGCGGCGGGAGGCGGUGCGGCGCGGGGAGCAGGACGCCUGGGUCCCCCGGCGGGACCUGACCUGCGGCUGCCUCCGCCUAAGCCCCGGGGGCACCUACCUGCUGCUGGGCAGCGCGGCGGGCGGGCCGGACCCGUCGCGCCUCGUGCUGGACCGGCACGGGCUGGCGCUGCCCUGGAGGCCGGGCUGGGCGCGGAAACUGCGGCAGCUGCAGCAGGAGGAGCGGCGGGGCGGCUGCCGCCCGGCGGGACCCGGCCGAACCCCGUCCGCCCCUGACCUCUGACCUCGCCCCGACGCCGCCU